AUGGGGCCCCACCCUCACCUUGCCAGACAGCCUAAUAAACAUGCUCCAAAGCUUCCCUCUGUGUCAGUGAGUCCCUCUGAGAUAGUGGAGGGCAGCUCAGUGACUCUGACCUGCAGCAGUGAUGCUAACCCAGAAGCUAAAUACACCUGGUACAAGGAGGAUGAAGAAUCUCCAAAAGCAUCAGGAGAGAUCUUCACCAUCACUGACUUCAGACCUGAACACAAUGGGAGUUAUUACUGUGUUGCCCAGAACACCAGAGGAAGUCAGAACUCCACGUCACAUGAUCUGACUGUGGCUCAAGGUUCGUGGAAACUUACGUUUCUCUCUCGGUCUCUACUGCAGCUCUGGUCGCCAUCCUCCUCUUUCUCUUGCUGUGGUUUAGAAUGUCAAGGAAACCACAACCAGAGGCUGCAGAGAGGCCAAACAGCAGCGCACAGAUGGAUGAAAUUCAAUAUGCUAGCAUACAAAUAGCUACAACCCAAGCAGACCCUGUCUACUCCAACUUCAGCUCAGGUGAGUUGAACCGAUACCAGGAAGAGAGCGUCAUAUACCCACCACUAACAUCGGCAAUGCCAGAAGAUCAAGACGUCAGGCUUCACAGAUCAAGACGUCAGGCUCGGAGGAUACCCGGUACUGUACAGUACAGUCAACAAAAAACCCAGAGUGUGAACACCAACCUGGAUCUGCCGUCUGUUUCUCGAGGAUUAUCUGUUUUUUGGGGUCAUCAGUAACUUGACCUGUCGUGAAUAUAGAGUGUCAUGAAAAAGUGUUUGGCCCCUUCCUGGUUUCUUACUUUUAGCAUAUGGCUUCUCACUUACAUGUUUCAGAUCAUCAACACAUUUUAAUAUCAGACAGAGAUAACCCAGCAAAUACAAAAUGCAGUUUUUAAAUGAUUAAUGUAUUUAUUUAGUAGGAAAAAAACCUAUCCAACCCUACCUGGAUCUCUGUGGAAAACCUACUGCUCAACAGUACUGCUCAAAUGUAAUCAACAUUGUGUUAUGUGUUAUGCUUUUUUGCCUUAUGAUUAUAGUGUUGUUAUACAUAUUCAUUGAUAUCAGCAAAUUAUGUAAUAUGGCUACAUUAUGUAGUAAUAUUCCUGUACCACACAAGUAUAAUAUAACGUGAAUACCUUGCAUGUAUUGUAUCUGGCUGUGUUUUAUAGAUUUUAUAAAUAGAAAUACCUUAUGUAGUAUACACCUUUGUACAAGAGUGCAGUAUGUACUUUCUGUAAUCUGUUUUACCAUGGAAAUGUUUGUGUAUGUUCUAGGAUGUGGUACCAAAAAGUAUUUGUAGAAAUGUAAAGAUGAUC